AUGUUUGAGAAUGGACAUACAGAUAUUGACGACGCUGAGCGCGAGGGAAGACCAUCAACUGCAACAAAUGCGGAAACCGCUGCUCGCCUGAAUGAAUGCAUUCUUGCAAACAGACGCAUAACGAUAGACGAAAUCUUAAAUGAACUGGAUAUUUCUCAUGGAAGUGUAUAUAAAAUUAUUGCCGAUCACCUUAAAUUUCGUAAAGUUUGUGCUCGAUGGGUGCCACGUCUAUUGACGGAGGAACAUAAAGAAAAGCGUUUUGAAAGUGCAUUUGCAUUUCUGCAACGUUACCAAACGGAAGGAAAUGAGUUUGGGGUCAUAAUUGUGACUGGAGAUGAAACUUGGAUUCACCACUUCUCACCUGAAACGAAACGCAGCUCGCUCGAGUGGAAACAGUGCAGUUCCCCGACACGAACAGUGUCGAACUGUUCCAUCUGCAGGAAAGGUGAUGAUGACGCUGUUUUUCGACAGAGAAGGCGUGGUGCAUACAGAGUUCAUGCCGAAGGGUGCCACAAUUAA